AUGAGUUUCGCUGGUCUUCAGAAACGUCUAAAAAAUAAGGCGGUGGCUACUACAACCACGAAUAGUACUCCUCCCUCCUCGGAUGCAAAAACUGAUAAUAUAGAGUCUUCUAGCAGCGUCUACGAUGUUGCCGCUCGCGAAGCGCGUGCGAACCAUGAGGAGCGCAAACGGCAGCGUUCCCCUCACGAUAAGGAAAACACGGCGUACAACCCCACUAUAAAUGAAAGAAAUGGGCCCGCCGAUAUGCUGUCCGACCACCCCUCCGUAGAAAAGGCAAGUUCAAAGACUCUAACAGAGACGGAAUUUUUGGAGCGACGGCACUUAGCCGAGGAAGUGGUGUUGCAAUGUGCAGAGGCCAUGUCACGGAAUAUGGAGUUAGCUGCCACCUCGAUAGAUAAAAUAGAUAUCAAAAAGGAAUCAGAGGUGUAUGACAUGAGUGGCUUGCCACUGCCACUGUGUCAAUUUCUUGAACAGCGCCUGCAACGUUCAUCGGAUGCAACUGCUAUGUUGAUUAGUACGUGUGAAGAGGAAGAACACAACCUUGUUUCUGCGCUGAGGAGCCCAAGCAACUUGCCCAUGUUGUUUCCUCCACAGGUUGAGGACUUUGUCACCACAUUGCGUACCCUCUGGCUUGCGUUGUGUUGGCAUUGGGUCAUGGCACUUCGGGGGAAAGAAGGGAACGAAGGGAAAGAAGUUAGCGAGAAUGGGUGGUCUUACAACGUCUACUUGCUCUCACGCCAUGCGCUGCCUAUUACUGUGCGCAACACACGAGGACGUGAUGUGGCGCUUGCCUUGCAAGCAUGGCAAGAGGCAUAUCGUGUGCGGCAAAACAUGCUUGACUUCCUCGCAUAUAUACUCCAUGAUAUGGGCGUGGUCUUGCGUUUUUCAGGGGAUGAUGCUUCAAAGGGUGACGAGAACUUGCGUAUUGUGCCGCCGAAAAUUGCGGACAGUAUCUUUUGUAUGGUGCAGCACUUACGCCGCCGGGACUUUACAACAGUUCGUCAGGCGUAUGUUGAACUUACGAUGGGAACAGCAAACUGGAAAUUGGGACUUUUUUCAGGUGGGGAAGUACACAUGCGGCGCUCCAUGGAGCGCAUCGAGCGUCGCCGCAUUGAGCACCUUCUUCACAAUGAAAGAGCCGUUCGCCUUUUGCAUGUGCUGCGGGAGUUGAUAGAAUUCGUACAGAAAAAUGAAGUCAUGUUGCUUCACACCGGCAUUUUUGCCAGGGAAAAGUCGAUGAAGGAGCACAGCCCAUGA